AUGCGUUAAGACACCUAAGACGCUCCUUAAUAUGGCGGUCUAAGAACAACUUCCAGGUCUGUUCCCUCCUCGAAGGAUUUUUUUUUUUUGGGAGGUGUUAGCAUGUAAACAGACAAGCGAAGGAUAUUCAAUUUGAGAAAUGAGAUGAACCCGGGUCAAACAGAACAUUUGCCUGACAGACAAAAUCUGGGACAAAUUUUGACCCUAUUGCUGACGCUGCCUCUCGUUUUUGCACAUGCGCUCUGAGGACUUGGUAUUGGGUAAACGUCUCCUUGAUCCAGGUGGUGAAUCUGGCCGCAUAGGACGGCACUCAACCGCCACCGAAAGAUGUCAGACUACUUGUCAAGAGAAUUCCGGGCCCAAAUAAGCACAGUUAUGGAUUCUGUCCUCCGAACAGCAGUGUUUGAGAUAACAGAGCUUUUUGACAAAUGCAUACAUGACUAUAGCAUGCAGCUGGCUCAAAAAGGAGAAGUGAUCGCACAACUGGAAAUAAAGCUACAAAAAAUGGCGCAGUUGCUGAAGGAACACAUGGACGGUGACCGAAGCCCAGCAAUGACGGAAGCACAGCAUGAUGAGAUUAAAGGCAUGACGGAAGAUUUGAUUUCUUCCAGCCAAAGUUCCACUAUUCCUGAGGAUAGCUUUGAAGGUGUCUCUGCCAAGUGUUGUGCUCCUCCGUUCCACAACAGUUUCAAGAAAGAAGACCAGGCUCUUUGCCCGAGUGUUAAGGUGCACCAGCUGUCCAUUCCACUGCAGCACUGUCCAGUCACCAGUCAGGUAGAGAACUCCAACCAGGAUUCAAAUUUUGGUACAGAAAAAGGUUCCUCUCAGAGUAAAAGUAAGAAAUGCUCUGGGGAAACCAAGAGAUGCAUUCUGAAACCUGAAUAAAAGGUCCUUUACUUGGAGCAAAUGACAUGGAAAACGUGCCUCAAAAUAUCGAAGAGGAAAAAUCAGACCAACCAAUCACAGGAGCCACACGAUCACAGCAGCAUGUUCUGGAAGACAAAACACCAAAGCAAAAAAAAGAAAGGGAUGAGUCUCAUAUGCAGGUGAAAGAUGAUGAUGAAACAUUUUUAUGCAAUUUUUGUCAAAGGAUGUUUACGACAGCCUUAGGCCUAUACAAUCAUAUAAGAACACACAGGAGGUGCAGAGUCUGCCAAAAAUAUUUUUCUUUGCCAAGUGCUUUGAAAUUACAUGAACGAAUGUGUCCAAAACUGAAGAAAAUGUUGGAAGCAGCAAGAACGACGGAACUUUCUCAGCCUGACUGUAAUGAGGUCAAAUCUGGCCCAGUGAAGCAGCAGCAAGUGACUCCUCAAGAGGAAAGCGCGCCACCUUCUGACCAUUCCGUCAUUGCUCAGAAAAAAAUAUUGGUCAAAACAUUCUCCUGUGUGCACUGCAACAAACAAUUCAGUAAGGCAAUCAAAUUCAAAGAGCACAUGAUGUCUCACAGUAAUGAAAGAAGGAAGUUACAAUGCGGCACGUGUCUCAAAGAAUUCUACAACAAGCAGGCUCUCGAUAGCCACAUAGUCAGCCUCCACGAAAACCAGUCUGAAGAGAUGGCCCAGGUCCUCAACUGGAUGGAACCCAUAGAGGACCCAGAGGAAGACACCGAAUUGAACAACGUCAAAUAACAUAACUCCGAAGUGAGAUAGCGAUGGUUGCCCCCGCCUCCCCGCGUGUGCAAUAACCACAUGAGGACAAAAUAUAUGCCGAGUGAGCACUUUGGCAUUCACACCCAUUCGUUGCAGAAGCACAAGUCCAACCACUCUCCUCGGCCAAUUAUUGUGCCAGCAAUGUUUGGAAAACGUCAACUGGCAGAAAGAGCUGCAUAAACUUGUGCUUAACUGUCAGAAGACUGUGCAAACCUCUAUUGUGGAAAAGGACUGUGAUCCAAAGUAUUGUUUCAAAUGCUUUCAUCCUAUUUUGAUAUCACAUAAGAGGAACGCGUUGUCCUUUGUGAAUAGACAAUAAUGAUCCAGCUUUUUUUACCUUAAUGUCUUGAUUUUGAAGAAAUUUGGCUACCACGGUUCUAAGGAAGCUGUUAAAAAUGUGUUUAGUGCUGGGGGAACAUUUUUUGAAACAAUUCAAGUAACUUGAUUUCACAACAACCACAAGUGUAGCUAAGUGUUGUGUACGUAAGAUUGAACAUAAACCACAAUAGAUAAUCAUAAUAAAAAGGUUAACAGUAAAUAGAUAAACAAAUAAAAUAUUUUCUCAUUAAACUAUACAAGCACUCCCUUCUUACAUACACACAGCUGUGCAGCCCACCAUAGAGUAUUACGUUCGCAUUUGCAUGUGCGUUAUGGUAUGGUACGUUUGAAAACGAUUCUGCAAUACUAUCGUAAUCGUGCAAUUGUUUUCCACUCUCAGAGUCUUUGGUGAUCUCACAUAAUAAAAUUUGUGGUUUCCCUUUAUUUUUGUAUGGGUUGAAACAAAUGUGACAUUUGUAGUAUUUGAAUAGCAAAACCAGUUGUGUACGGAGAUGAGAAGUUGUGCUUAUUACAGCUGGAAAAGUCAGAUCGUUUUACCCCUUUUCAAGCGUGUGUGUGUGUGUUUUGAAUAAAUUGACAGCUUGAACGGCUUUAUGCCAUUUUAAUAGUGCGUGGUUAACUAUUCUCGCGAGAUUUUUCGCACAGACUUCAGCCUCCGAGUUUGACUGACGGUUAGUCGUGUCUUGACACUUCUUCCUGUUGGCUCACGUUUGAUUUAUGAGGACACGAUAGAUGGUAAAAAAAAUCCCAGAAUGUUAUAAAUUUCCCACUUUUUCAAACAUAUUUCAUUUAAUGCUAGCAAACCCUCUUUUUACAUGUUAGCCGACGGUAGCUAGCUGCCACUCGUUAAAUUGUAUGUGUAAUCCGGAGACCUUCGUGUUUAAACUGGAAUAACCAUAUCAAGUGAAACAGCACUGGGUUAACAAAAGUAAAGAGACGGUGGAAAUGACCUAGGUUGGUGUGACAGCGUCUAGUGACAGAUCGUCAGCUGUCAAUCACAUCGCCUCAGCCUCGAGCCCUCAAAUCAUUCGGCGACGGUCAAUUGUCGCAUUCGGAAUCGAACUGCCGCAAUGGACAGCGUGCGGAGCGCCUUCCAUACUCAGCUGGCCGCUGUCAUGGACACUCUGCUUGCUGCUGCCGUGUGCGAGAUCGCCAAGAUCUUCGAGAGCAGCAUGUGUGAGCAGCAGGCGGAGAUCUCCAGCCUCCUCGCCAAGCUGGAGCAAGUGGAGAGGAGGCAGAGGACCAAGGCAGGGCAAGUGGGCACGGCUGGUGACCGAGGGGACAUCUUGAGGCCAAAGGCCCCGAGGGAACCAGGAAAGGCGCAAGAUGGUGCAGGCAAUAAUAGCCAGAGUGAGCCGAAGGAGAUCACAGAUUCUAUAACUUCGAUAAAACAAGAGCCUCCUUUGGGGUCUUUCAUGGUCCAAGUCCCAGAGGAAAGCCUCGCCAUCACAGACCGGACGACAACUGAUACACUGACUGAGACACACAUCCAAGCUGAAUUGUCUCAUUGGGAUCAAGGGAGGCCUACUGAAGACCACCGGCUACAACAAGAAAGUGCUUCCCCCUCUUUUUUCACCAUCUCCCAGACUGGACAUUGGUCCCCCAGGCAUGACAGCAGCCCAGCCCAUCCUAGGCAAUGGUUGCCUCGGAUGGAUGACACUCGAGGAGGUCAGAAGAGCUUGCAGGCAACUGGCACCAGCUGCUUUGUUGCAGCUGCCGCCAGUAUUGGCACUGACGUGGCUUGCCUCCAACCUGAGACCAACUCCAAAGAUGAGAAUGACCCUUUUGUAUUGAAGGAGCAAAAAACUGAGAACUUCAAUCAAACGUCAGGGCAAGGCCAAAGGGCUGAGCAAACUGGGGUUCAGCAGCUUCAGUCGCAGGUUCUCUCACCAUGGAGACAUAAUCAUGAUGACAGGAGUGGCCUGUUCAGUCACAUGAGGCGAACCUCGUUUAGCAACAGAGACCCCCUACGCCUGCAGUCCAAUUCAGUCUCUCUCAAAACACGACAAGCAGACCCCCUGACCCUCAGUGCAUCUCCCAGUGCAGGGAAUGGUCGCCCCUACACCUGCCUGUACUGUGCUAAAAGCUUCACUUAUCCGUCCCACCAACGCAGACACCUUUUACGCCACACGGGGGUCCGCCUGCAUCCCUGCCAGUUCUGCGACAAGAGCUUCCUCACCCCCUCGGAGCUCACCGUCCACACUCGCACGCACACCGGCGAGCGGCCUUUUGGUUGCCCGCAGUGCGGCAAACGCUUCGCCCGUAGUGGCAACUUGAGAGCCCACCAACGGGACGUUCACAUGCAGAAGAGGCCCUUCGCUUGUGCCGAGUGUGGAAAGAGGUUCGCCCACAGAGGGAACCUUAGGGCGCACAAUCACAGAGUCCACCAAGGUGAUCCGUACUACAUGGAGCAUCAGCAGGAGCCAGACAUUGCCCCUAAUCCCACUUAAAACUACGGUUCAUGAUCUUGAUAAAUCACCAAACAAGUCUUUCAUAUUUGACAUUUAAAUCUGUCAAAUCAAUGUAACUGUUGUCUGGAGUCUUCUCCGUGUUCGGUUUCAUUUUAAUUCGGCGUUAUCGUGUGUGAUCCAUUACUCCACAUGAAUCAUAAUUAUUAAAACAUCUCAUUUAUUCUUUCAUUUGUGGAAAGACAGUACCAAUUCUCCAUGACAACUCCACUGUUGCUCUCAAUUAAGUUUUUCCAUAAACACUGAAGGAAAUACAGUUGCUUAGCAUUGACAAAUAGCAUACACAUGUUUGUAAAAUGUAUGUACAAAAUAUCGAGUUGUAUUGUACCAAUGCAAUUUUUGAAUGUUUAUUUCACAGCCUGCUGAGAAGGGGAAUAAACCUACUGUGUCUCUCAAUCCGAAA